AGUAUUUUACCAACUGAAUAGUAAUUUUGCUCUGUGCGCGUGAGAAAAGGAAGAAAGGAGGGUUGAACGGUUAAAAUGGAGGCGGACAGAUCCGGCGGAGGACCAAACCCGAACUCCGGAGGCGGCAGCAGCGGAGCGGGGCGCAACCCAAACGGGCCCAAAGCAGCACCGGGCCAGUCGAUAUCAGCUGCGGCGACCGGGCCGAUGGCAGCAGCGGCGGCAGCAGCAGCAGCCGGGGCCAUGCCCGGAUCGUCGCAGUCUCGGGAGCUACAGGACGGGGACUCGGGUAUGACGCUUCCUGGGAUCCUGCACUUCAUCCAGUACGAGUGGGGACGUUUCCAGGCCGAGAAAUACCGCUGGGAGGCUGAGAGAGACGAACUCAGGGCUCAGGUGGCGUUCCUACAGGGUGAGAGGAAAGGGCAGGAGAAUAUGAAACAGGACCUGGUAAGGCGGAUCAAAAUGCUGGAGUACGCCCUAAAACAAGAGAGGUCUAAGCACCAAAAGCUGAAGACAGGAAACGACCAGAGUCCAGGAGACAAGAAACCAGAGACAGAGGCAGAGCAACUUCCCAAUGGGCCCGCUGAGUCAGACUCUGAGCCAGCCAAUCAGAUGUCCUGGAAGGAGGGACGUCAGCUACUACGCAAAUAUCUUGAGGAAGUGGGCUAUUCAGACACCAUCCUGGACAUGCGUUCAAAGCGUGUGCGCUCUCUGCUUGGGCGGAGCAGCCCCGAGUCCAACGGGCCUCCACCAUCUGAAGCCUCCCCUGAGCCUGAGCCCCGGGCAGGUGGAGAGUCCUUGUUGGUCAGACAGAUAGAGGAACAAAUCAAGAGGAAUGCGGGCAAGGAAAGCUCUAAGGAACGUUUGGGUGGCUCAGUGCUCGAUAAGAUUCCCUUCCUGCAUGGCUGCGAGGAUGAUGAUGAAGACGACAGCGACGAAGAAGAUGACUUCCAAGGCAUGGCCACCGACUGCAUCGAUGGACCUCGAAAGAACAAGAAGUCUCGUGUAAAGAUGGGUUCAGAGCCUAUGACCACAGACCUGGACCCCGAGGACGAGGAGGAUGAAGAUGACUCAGAAGAUGCCCUCAGUGAAUUUGACUUCCUGGGCUCGGGGGAGGAUGGGGAGGGGGCGGGAGAGGCCCGGAUCUCUGGGGACGGACGGGAGUUAGAGAACCGCAGGAACAAGUUACAAGGCAUGAUGUCGGACUUCCCCCCUAAACCUACCCCGCCCCCCUCUGUAUCGGGACAGGCUCGCUCCGGGGAAGGUGGCGCCCUGGGUUUCUCCUCUGAUGUCUUCAUUAUGGAUGCCGUUGGAGGAGGAGACAUGAACCUGGGUGAAUUGGCUGAUCUCACUGUUGCCAACGACAACGAUCUCUCCAUGGAUAUGCAGGAUAACAGGGAGGAGUUUAAGAAGACAUGGAACCCUCGAUUCACACUACGCAGCCACUUCGACGCCAUCCGCGCAUUGACCUUUCACCCCAGCCAAGCGGUGCUGCUCACAGCCUCAGAGGAUGGAACACUAAAACUGUGGAACCUCAACAAGGCCAUGCACUCCAAAAAGAACGCAGCGUUAGAUGUUGAGCCCAUCUACACAUUUAGAGCGCACAGUGGUGCUGUUCUGUCACUGACAAUGGGUGAGGAUGGAGAAUCCUGCUACAGCGGAGGUCUGGAUGGAACUGUCAGGUGUUGGAAGAUGCCAGACCUCAACGUGGAUCCUUAUGACAACUAUGAUCCCGGCAUUGAGAGCAGUGUGCUGGCAGGCCAUGAGGACAGCGUGUGGGGUCUGACUUACUCUGCGGUGCACCAUCGUCUUGCCUCAUGCUCAGCCGAUGGCACCAUUCGCCUCUGGGACCCCCAGAACUCGUCUCCCUGCUUGUCUGUCUUCAAUAAGGAGAGAGAGCACGGCACGCCCACCUCGGUGGCCUUUGUGGCCUCUGAUCCGAACCAGGUGGUGGUGUCAUUUGAUGGUGGUGAGACGCUGCUCUACGACCUCAACACAGAGCAGAGCGUCACAGCACUAGAGACACAGACCAAGGACGGCAGUGAACUAAUUAACCGUGUGGUCAGCCACCCAUCUGAGCCCGUCUCCAUCACUGCACACGAGAACCGCACCAUCCGCUUCAUAGACAACAAGACAGGUAAAGUUGUCCACUCAAUGGUGGCCCACCUGGAUGCGGUCACCUGUCUUACUACAGACCCCAAAGGCACUUACCUCAUCUCUGGCAGUCACGACUGCUCAGUGCGCCUAUGGAUGCUCGACAACAGGACGUGCGUGCAGGAGAUCACGGCCCACAGGAAGAAGCACGACGAGGCCAUUCAUGACGUGGCCUUCCACUCUUCCCAGCCCUUCAUCGCCAGCGCCGGCGCAGAUGCACUUGCCAAGAUCUUUGUCUGACAGCACUGCCGUCAUUCUGAGUCCCACAACCACAACCGGGCCAAAAGAGACUGAAGACUACAGUGGACAAAUUUCACCUGCGCUCUCUCACACACACACACACACACACACACACACACACAAACACACACACACACACACACACACACUCUUGUCCUGCACCCCACUGGCUGGGUCAUUGCCACAGGACGUCACCUCCCCUCAAUUCCUCACCGUUUUAUGAUGCCUCAGUGACUUCUUGUAAUACUAAUCACACCGCUUUUUUAUAACUUUAAAAUCCUAGCUGCUCUGUUUUCAAAUAAUCAUGUUUGGAGUAACACUUUUUCUACACUACAAUAUUCUGUUCUGCGUUUUUUUUUUUUUUUUUCAAUCUGCCAGUGAUUGUUACAAAGCACUGUGUGUGUGUGUUUGUGUGCUUGAACUGCUGACACUACUCACGCAAUUUGUGUUGUAAGAAGAACCACCAAGGAAACAUUCACUGCACAGCUCACGCAACGCACAAAUGCACCACCACAUUUCAUUUGAGAUCUUUUUUUAAUGGUUAACAAAUGUUAAAUUCCUUGUGGCUAACAUACGUAUGUAGGCAUGACUUAAAACAGUAAGCGUUCCCAGUGUCAGCAGGCAACACCUGACCGACCUCUGCAGCGGGAAAUCAAUGUAUUACAUUCCAAAGACUCCAUAGAGAGUGUGUGUGGUGUCGUAUUUGGAGGUUGGAGAAUGUUAAACCUAGUCGUGUGUGAGGAGGCACUAGAUAGACGCUAACCAGUGUUGAACAAAUAGCUUUAAUUUCAACUUUUUCGCCAAGUCUCAAUGUACGUCUGAGUAUUUUCGUGUCCCCAUGAUUCUGCCUCUAUUUGUGUGUGCGUGACAUUAAAUGUCACUCUGCUGUACAAGAUAAAACAUAUUCCUACAAAUGGGAGGGAAUAUUAUCAUCAUGAUCCAUUUCUACAGAUGUACAGUUUGAACUCGAUUCUGCAGGCUGAUGCUCUCACACCACAUUAACUAGCUAAAGAUAGAUAUCAUGAGAGCACAGUUACAGUCUGUAGACCAGAAGGGGUGUGAGGCCAGUCUGUAUGCUCUCAGCAAAUGAUGCUUGACGAUGGUGUCAUUUGCUGCUUUUUACUGUACAGAAAGUGUGUGUGUGUAUGUGUGUGUGUGUGGGUGUGUGCGCGUGUGUUUGUAUAUGCACUAGUUAAAUCACGGUGCUAUGAAAGACCUUGUUAGUCUUGAGUCAGAAUCAGGGACCUGUUUCGUGUGUGUGUGUGAGUGUGAGGAAGAGAGACCUACAUUGAGUGAAUCAACUUUUUAAAUGACAUUUCAUCAUUGAAUCAUUUCAUGAACUUGUACUGAGAUACUGUGUGGUCACAUUUCAUUAUUAACACUCACUGUUGUAUGUUUCUCAUCAGAGGGAUGUGAAUAAUGUCGGCCUUUAUCGUUUCAAGCUUGAGGAGUGUACAGAGCUGAUCUUAGUUAUAUUACAGUGAGGGCCACCUGGGCUGAAAUAGCUUCCUCAGAAGAGAGCUGCUUUUUCAUUUCAUCUUCAAGUCAGCACCAGUUUGUAGGCGGUGCUCGGUCCUGGCUCGUUGUUAUUUAUUCAAGCUUUUUUUUUUUUUUUUUUUCUUAAAAAAAAGCUUGACAUCACCUUCAGUUGUGUGUCCAGGUGAGGUUCCCUCUUGUUAUAUGACGUGCAUCAGUUGCACAGUAGCACGUUACCCGGAGAGCUAACGGUGUGAAGCUGGCCUCAUGUGUCCAAAGAGGCAUGCUGGGAGAAGUGGCUCCAGGGGAGGAAGAUAGAGAGAGAGAAAAAAAAGAAUUAAGUUCUUUUUAAUUUCAGUCACUUUUGUCAUUUCAGAUAGGAAAAAAAAAAAAUCUAUUGAUCUAAGAUGUGUGGGGAUCAGAUGUGACUCAGCAACUGCUAUUCUGAACGUAACCCAGACAUUGGAUAGUUGUAGUGGUAACAUGAUUCCUUUAGAGAAAAGAGUGGCAAGUCAUGGACUACAGUAGUGCAGGAGUAUAUUUAUAAUUUUGUAAACACCUUGCACCCGUCUUUCUUUGCGUGCCACAUUGUGGAAACUGUAGGACACAUGUUUAUUGUUGUCCCUUAACAGCUGACCUGACUUCCAGUUACUUGACAGGUAAUCUUAUCUUAUUACCUUGAGAAGACUGAUAAAAUCUGGUGUUAAAUCAGUUGGUUAAGGGGCACCCUCCACCUCUUUAAAGAUUACAGGGUCAUACAAGGAGUCAGAGGUCAGAUUGAGGUGUUCAAAGUAGCCUAGAGGAAAGCACUCCUUUCCUAAUCACUGGGGGCACUAGCAUUCAGAGUUUUUUCUCAUACAGGGUGGAGGAUUGUUGUCUGUCUGGAAUUAGACUAGAUGAUACCAUGCAACCAGGUAGAAACACAUUAUUGUACUGCUGCUGGGCAUAACGUCCUGUUGUCGCAUUUAACUACUUUUUGGCUCCACGACAUCUGAUAUUGGAUGCGCUGGUUACAGACAUGGUGCAGAAAUAAUGUUUUGCAGGUAUUUCUUAUUUAAUCUGGAGGAACUGUAAGCGUGGGACAUGCUGUGGCUCACAGUUAUUUGCUAGUGAGAGUUACUGAUGGCCAACUGAUGCUUUUUUUCACUCUGAGCUACUACGUCCCCACUCUGAGAGUAUAGACAAAUCAGUAUGACACAUCAAAAAAAGAAAGAAAUCAAAUCAGAGGUUGUACAUGAUGACUAGAGAUGCCAUUACGUGCUGUAAAUGUCCAUCAUUUCCUUGUUUUUUUUUCUUGCAUUUCUUUUCAUUGUUUGAUUAUGAAUAUGAUUAUUAAGAUGUAAGAAUACUGUAGUAUCAUAAGUGAAUCAUUCUUCCUUGCUAGGCAUAGAAAUUGCUUGUGAUUGAUAAUGGCAAUGUAUAACUUGUAAAAAAGCAAAAUGAUUAAAAAACCUGAAAAAUUAAGAAAAACAAACAAAAAAAAAUCUGUUACCAGUCAGAGGCCAAGGUAAAGGACUCAUUUUUUGUGUUUUUAUUUUUUUAUUAGCAAUUUAUCACUGUGUGAUAUUUUGUACAUCAUAUUAAGCUGUAUUCAAACAAUUUCCUCUAACUACAAGGGAUAAGAGACCUGCUUUUUAUUAAUUUUGUUUUAUUAUAUAUUUUUGAACUGCAUUCUAGCUUGUAUCAAAUGACUUUCUCCUUUUGUUUUACGGGUCCCCUGUUGUAUGUCAUUAAGAAAGAAAAAAACAAAAAAUGAAGAUUUUGUACAGUGAA